CCUUUUCAUUUGGAGGCUGUGAAGCAGGGACUUCCCUCUGAAGAACAGAGGAUUUGUUACGAACGAGUUGAUGAGCAGUAGGAAGUGUCUUACUGACUGAAGGAGGAGCCUGGAAGGAGGUUCAGUCUAAGGGAGGAGCAUAGAGAGGCUUGGCCUUUGUGUUUUUUGCUGAGCUGUAAACAGCAACAGGGAAUGACUUGAAGCAGCAGCCACAACUUUUCUUCUCCUACGAUCAUUUUUACAGUGUUGUGUGGAUUUUUAUUGAGCGUGUGAACCAUGGAUAACUUCAAGACCGUCCUGCGUUUUUUCUUGGAUCAGAAAGCCACCAUUGGCUACAGCUUUAUGGCUCUCCUUACUAUAGGUGGAGAACGGGUUUUCUCCAUGGUCUCCUUUCAGUGUCCCUGCAACCAUGACCAGAACUUUGCAUAUGGACUGACUUUUCUUCUGGGCCCUGCUGUAGUUCUUUUGGUCUUUGGCCUGUUCUUCAGUACCAGGUUGUGGAGGCUCUACACAGGCUGCUGUCUCAGUCCCAGGAAGCUUUGUCCCCGUGGGAACUGUUACGGCUGCCUCAAGGGGUUAAUGAGCAUCUUCACUGGGGCUUGCGUGGCCCCAAUAAUGUGGCUCUCAGUGGCCCUGCUCAAUGGGACCUUUUAUGAAUGUGCUGUCAGCGGUCUUGAUGAUAAUCUGGUAGUAGAUGUGUUUUGCAAAAACAAGACCAUGAAGUGUCGGGAAGAGCUGGCUCGUGUGCCAUGUGAUCGGUCCAAACUGUCCAGUGAUGAGCGCAUGGAGCUAUUGCUGAUGCUCAGGGCCCAGUCUCAGAUCCUGGGCUGGUGUAUUAUCAUUAUCUCUGCCAUCGUGGGACUCGUGGGAACCUGCUGUAAAAAUUGUCGUUCCAAAGUCAGCUACCUGCAGCUGACAUUCUGGAAACGAUACACAGAGAAAGAGAAGGACCUUUUUGACACUUACGCUCUGGACUAUGCCACCAAGCUGGCUGAGAGAAACCUGCAGAGCUUCUUUGAGAACAAGAGUCCUAUUCCAUUUCCUUUUCCUAACCACAGGGCGUGGGAAGAAAUCUCUGAAUAUUACAACUUUUCCAGGAGUGAGCAGUAUUACAGCACUUUGCAGCAGUAUGUAGAGAGGACAGACCGAGACUUCACCCCAGAGAGGAGACAUGUCAUGGAGUUCAAGGAUGGAAUAGAAAUGGCUUGAGGGAGAUUUGUUAGGCCUCUGUGUGAGCUUAUCUUUCUUGUUGUCCAUAAUAAUGAACCUGAUUUAAUCUGCUUCUAAUUGUGCAGUCUGAACUGAGGCAAUACACAAGGGCAUAACCACUCAUCUAAACACAUUUAUCCUCCUACCUCUGUAACACUGUUUACAUCAGCGCAAUGACAUUUUGACAAUGAUUGGUACGCUUUUUUUCCUUUAAACUGCAUUAAUUUAACAUUUUUAUUUUUAGAGUCAUAGUCUACUUUGCCACAUUAAAAUGUAACAUAAGAGCUCAAUUUAUUUUUGAUGACGUUUCCAGUAUUGUUUGUGGUGUGAUGAAACAACACUGAUGAAAAUCUGGGUAUGUUUCAUUGUUUUGCAUAUUUUAAUAAUUUAAAAAUAUACUUUUAUGGUAUAUCCACCGUUGAUAACAGUAAUAUUGUACAAAUACGGUUCUGAAAAAGUCUCCAAAAAUAAACAUUUCUCAAACAUAAA